UCGAACGCAACCGUUAACGAUGCUUGGCGGUUGCCUGUUGGCGUUUUCCUGUUGAGUCACUCUUGUUUCGUAGUUUGUUGAGAUCGGUAACGUCUCAAAUCGAAGAGGAUAUAUUUCAACGGUUGAAACGAAUUUUCUAGAAAUUUUGACUAGAAAUUGAGGAAAGAGAUGAUUUGAUGGAAAACUAGAUUAUUCAUAUAGUCAGUCAGUCAGUUUACAAAAAUUUACUAAAUUGAAUUUGGGUUUGCAGUGUUCAUUUGUCAGGCAGAGAAAAUGGGUAAAAUAAAGGAAAAGUGUGGAGAUAAUACGGAUCAAGUCACCAAAAAGAAAUUGCAUGAAAUAAAAACUGGUUCUAUAAAAAAGAACAAAAAUUCCAAGAUCAAGGAUGCUGAAAGGCAAAAUAAAUUUAAUGAAGGAUUUAAAGAUACAGAACAAGAAAAAUGCUCAGAAAAAGAUUUCAAAUGCAAACAAUCAGAAUCAGAAUUUGUCUGAACAAAAACACAAGAGUGAUGUGAAGCAAUCAAAAUAUAAUUCUACAAAUAAAAAUCAAAAAUCUAAAGAUAAAACAGAAAAGAAAUCUGCUGAUACAGAGGGGUCUUUAAACGAUGUACAAAUCCCUGCAUACGAAUUAUCGAAUGUAACAUAUGAAGAAGAUGAUGAGGAGGAUUCAGACGUCCCAGAUAUCUUUGGAAAGAGUUUAGGAGAUGAUUCAGAUGAAGAUGAUAAGGAUUUUGAAGAAAUUGAAGAUGAGGAUACUUCUGAUUCUAGUAGUAAUAGUAGUAGUAGUAGUAGUAGUAGUAGUAGUAGCAGCAGUAGUAGUAGUAAUAGUAGUAGUAAUGAAGAUAGCGAAAUGGUUGAAAGUAAAAAUAUAAAAUUGUCGAAAGAUACAAAGUCUAAUGCCAAGGAAAAUGAUAAUAGCAAUAAAGAAAAGACAGUUGAAUUUUAUAAAGGUAUAAAAAUGUUUAAAGGUUUAUGUUCUAAAAUCAAAGAGAAUGAUGAUAAGAAAGAUGAGAAUGAUGAUAAGAAAGAUAAGAAUGAUGAUAUAAAUGAUAAGGAUGAAAGCGAUGAGAAUAUGGAAACUUCUUCAGAUAGUGACAUAGGUUCUGACAUGAUGGAAGAUGAUGGUGUGAUUAGGAGUGUUGAAGAAAUGUAUCGAGCAUAUGCAUUGAAUAAUAAGAAAAAUGAUUCCAAUAAUGAAAAUAGUAAAAUGGAGAAGGAUGAAGAUGAGAACGAGGCUGAGGAUGAGGAAGAUAGAGAUGAGGAUCAGGAUAAAGUAAACGAAGAUUUAAAAAUAGGAGAUAUAGAUGAUUACGAAGAAAAUAGUAGUGAUGAUGAUUAUUAUUUUAGUGAGGAUGAAUACGACAGUGAUCAUGUUGUAGGGCUUAAUCAUUUACCUAGAAAUUUUAAUGAUAGGAAAAAUAACAUAGAAAAGGACAAAAAUUUGACAAGAAAUAAUAGAAUGAUUUUUGUUGAUAAUAUUCCAAGAAAUAUGACAGAAGAAGAUCUAAAAGAAAUAUUUAUAAGGUUUGGGAUCGUUAAAGUAACUUUUGUGCCUGGUUUUAUAGAAACUGGAGCUGCUGCGGAACAACAAAUAUGUAAGAUUGUUAAGUUACAACGACCAUUAAAAAAACUUUCAAGAAAAGCAAUUGUGACUUUUAUAUCUGAAAAAAACGCGUUCGACGCACUUACUUAUAACGGAGUAUUAGUGAGAGGACAUUACCUUAAUGUGCUGCCUCACCCUAUAGAAGAGUUGAGAUAUAAUGACUUUAAGAGAUGUGUAUCUGUAAAAAACCUAUCAAAGAAUAUAGAUGUUAAUUCUAUCUGGAGACAUUUUUGUCACUGUGGAAUAAUACAAUCUGUCCAUGUAAUGCGUGAUGAAAAAACAGGGGACUGUUUAGGAGAGGCCUAUGUUGAGUUUAAAGAAGAAGUACCUGUACCUAAAGCUAUGUUGUUAAACAAUACGGAAAUUGAAGAGAAUUGUUUAAUUAAUGUAUCACACUGUUUGUUCGAAUGGUUAUAUUCGACACAUUCGGAAGUAAGACAAGGAGCCGCUUUUAUCGAUUUCCUUUUGGAAAAUACAAGGAAACACAAAGAAAAGACAGAAAAAAGAAAGAAUAGUUCGCAAGAAUCUGCAACACAAAAUGUUGAAGGAAAGGCUAAAAAGCAGAAAACACAAGAGAAUGAUAAUGCAAAGCUUGAAGAAAAAAAGUCUGUUACAUUUCAAGGCCAAAAAGUUGAAUUAAAAAACAAAAAGAAGAAACUCAAUAAGAAAAAGAAACAAAUGGCAAAAAAGCUCAUGGCUAAGUCGAUUAAACCAGCAAACUCUUAAAUUAAUGAUAUAAUGUAUUUUAUAGUUUUUAGAUGGAGAGAUACUAUUAAAAACUCUCAAAGUCUUCAAAUUUUCAUUAAUUGCUAAGUAA